UAUUUCGGGGUAUUAAAUAAAUCUUUAUGUUUCACAGAAGCUGCACGAGCAUCACUGAAUCUGUCAGGAACAAUGCUCGGAUAUUACCCUGUGAAGGUGCUUCCAUCCAAGACUGCAAUCGCACCUGUUAACCCCACCCUUUUGCCUCAGACUGAAGAUGAACGUGAGAUGUGCGCUAGAACAGUUUACGUCACAAAUAUUGACAAGAAGGUUUCUCAAGCAGAUGUCAGACUCUUUUUUCAAACUAUUUGUGGAGAGGUUUACCGUUUGAGGCUGCUUGGAGAUUAUUACCAUUCUACUCGUAUUGCUUUCGUGGAAUUUGCAAUGGCUGAUAGUGCAAUUGCUGCCCUCAAUUGUAGCGGUGUGGUUUUGGGUUCACUUCCCAUAAGGGUAAGCCCAUCAAAGACGCCUGUUCGACCAAGAGCUCCUCGUACUUCAACUCAUUGACGUAGUAUUUACUGAUCGAGAUUCGUAUAUCUAAUGUGUCGCUGCUUUGUUGAUGUGGUAUAUUCCAUGUAAAGAUGCUUUCUUUUCGGAGAACUUUAUUUUGUUAAUCUGGUAUAUUCUCUGUAAAGAUGUUUUAACCUAGUACUUGUGUUUCCUGUAGAGUUGACCUUCAUCUAUGUAAGAAGUAUAUUUGGAUCCUAUUUUGUUAAUGUAUCAAACUAUCAAUGCCUAGUGUGCAUCUGGAUAGAACUAUGAUGUUUAAAAAGUUAUCGAUGGGUUUACAGUUUAUUACAGGGAUAAUUGCAGUUUUUGUCCCUUAA